GUUACGUCACACAAGCGACGGAUGUAGAGGAAGCCAUCUGCAGACAGUCAGAAACAAAUGAGACACGGAAACCUGUCCGUGUUUUUGGAUAAUGUUUCGACAAAAUCACCCAUGAAUUAUAUGCCAAUGCAAAAAUAAUGCAAUCUCUUAUUUGACGGCGACAGCAGUCACCAAACUUGUUGCACUGAUGCAACGGAACCGACUCUGUCGCUAGUUAGCUAAGGUUGCUAGUCUGUUCGACGCAGCCCGCGGAUUUCAGUGCCCUUUACGCUCAUCGAAAAAAAGUACAACAAAAUGUCUGAAUCAGACAGCGAUGAGGAGCAGGAUCGCCCCUUCUCCCUUACCGGCUUUCUAUUUGGCAACAUCAACGAAGAUGGACAGCUGGAAGGUGACAGCGUGCUGGACACGGAGUCAAAGAAGCACCUGGCAGGUUUGGGGACGUUGGGUCUGGGCACCCUCAUCACAGAGAUUACUGCGAACGAGGAUGAUUAUGAUGAUGAAGACCAAGAAGAUGAGAAAGACAAAGCCAGCACCGACUCUGAAGGUUGGGUGAAAAGCACUGAAGAUGCUGUUGACUACUCUGACAUUAGUGAGGUCGCUGAGGAUGAAACACGGAAGUACAGACAAGCCAUGGGAACCCUGCACCCGACCAGGACCAAUGAUGACGAGGAUGACUACGAUGCUGACUGUGAAGACAUCGAUGCCAAGCUGAUGCCCCCUCCUCCCCCACCCAGCUUACCUACGCCAGGGAAGAAAGACGACCUACCCGGCCAGCCCAGCAGUGCUGUUCCAGAAGAGGGCGAUGGCAUCAUCCUACCCUCCAUCAUCGCCCCGUCCUCGGCAGCCGACAAGGUGGACUUCAGCAGCUCCUCGGACUCCGAGUCGGAGGCGGACCGUCCGUCGCAGGGCCCCAGCGGCCCCUCAAUCCUCACGCUGCCCCUGGCCGGCAUCAUGCAGAAGGACGCCGCCAAGGCCCUGCCCGGCGUCACCGAGCUCUUCCCAGAGUUCAGGCCCGGAAGGGUGCUGCGGUUCCUGCGUCUGUUCGGGCCGGGCAAGAACACCACGUCGGUGUGGCGCAGCGCCCGCAGGAAGAGGAAGAGGAAGCAGCGGGAGCCGCAGCCGGGCACCCCGCCGCCCGAGGGAGAGACGCCGGCUGCCGAGGGCGAGAAGAAGUCCAGCUGGACCUACGAGUACGCCCCUCCCCCCGCUCCCGAACAGUGCCUGUCUGAUGACGAGAUCACAAUGAUGGCUCCGGUGGAGUCCAAGUUCUCCCAGACGUCCGGCGAGGGGGACAAGGUGAUGGAGUCGCGUCCGCGGGUGGCGGAGUGGCGCUAUGGCCCGGCGCAGCUGUGGUACGACAUGCUGGGCGUGCCCGAGGACGGCAGCGGCUUCCAUUACGGCUUCAAGCUCAAGGAGGAGACGCCAGAGGAGACGCAGGCCGGAUCCGGGCCGGGACCCGCGCCCGCACCAGCACCAGCGCCGACGCCUGCACUCAACAUGGAGCCAGCGAACGACGAGGAGGAGGAUGAAGAGGGCGAGGAGAAGGAGAAGAGGAGCCUGGAAGACGAGCUCUUCCUCAUGGUGACACAGCUGCAGUGGGAGGACGACAUCAUCUGGAACGGGGAGGACGUCAAGCACAAGGGCACUAAGACCCAGCGCGCCAGCCUGGCCGGGUGGCUGCCCUCCAGCAUGACCCGCAAUGCUAACGCGUACAACGCCCAGCAAGGGCUUACAAGGAGCAUUUCCCAGUUGGUUCCCCCUACGCCUCCUCCCAUGCCCAAAGUGCCAUCUAUCUCAGGAUCCAAGAGAGACAAGCAUAACCAAGAUCAUCAAGUGUCCCAUGAGGAUGACUCCCCGUGGUUCUCCAUCUUCCCCAUCGAUAAUGAGGACCUGGUGUAUGGCCGCUGGGAGGACAACAUCAUCUGGGACGACCAGAACAUGGACCGCUACCUCGCGCCCCCCGUGCUCACGCUCAACCCCAACGACGAGAACAUCAUCUUAGAGGCCUCGGUAGGAUGGAAUCCCAAGACGGUCGUAUUACAUUGUUGUUACAAUGUUCGUAAAGAAAUCCCGGAUGAGAAGGAGGAGAGGGCAUCCCACUCGCCGUCCAAGGAGAACAAGAAGGAGACGGCCCUGAAGAAGAGCCGCAUCCUGCUGGGCAAGACCGGGGUCAUCAAGGAGGAACCCCAACAGAACAUGUCCCAGCCGGAGGUGAAGGACCAGUGGAACUUGUCCAAUGAUGAGUUCUACUACCCCAAGCAGCAGGGGCUCAGAGGGUCCUUUGGAGGCAACAUCAUCCAGCACUCCAUCCCAGCGGUUGAGCUGAGGCAGCCCUUCUUCCCGACCCACAUGGGUCCCAUGAAGCUGAGGCAGUUCCACCGGCCCACGCUGAAGAAGUACUCCUUUGGCACGCUGUCCCAGCCAGGCCCCCACCCUGCACAGCCCCUCCUCAAGCACAUCAAGAAGAAGGCCAAGAUGCGUGAGCAGGAGAGGCAGGCGUCGGGCGGAGGGGACAUGUUCUUCAUGCGCACGGCCCAGGACCUGACGGGCAAGGACGGGGACCUGAUCCUGGCGGAGUACAGCGAGGAGUACCCGCCGCUCUUCAUGCAAGUGGGCAUGGCCACUAAGGUCAAGAACUACUACAAGAGGAAACCAGGUAAAGACCCCGGUGCUCCAGACUCCAAGUAUGGAGAGACCGUGUACUGCCACACAUCGCCAUUCUUGGGCUCCCUGCAUCCUGGACAGCUGCUGCAAGCGUUUGAGAACAACUUGUUCCGCGCGCCCAUCUACCUGCACAAGGUGCCGGAGACGGACUUUCUGAUCAUCCGCACGCGGCACGGCUACUACAUCCGCGAGGUGGUGGACAUCUUCGUGGUGGGCCAGGAGUGCCCGCUCUACGAGGUGCCCGGGCCCAACUCCAAACGCGCCAACACACACAUCAGGGACUUCCUACAGGUCUUUAUUUACAGGUUGUUCUGGAAGAGUAAGGACCGUCCUCGGCGUAUCCGUAUGGAGGACAUCAAGAAAGCUUUCCCCUCUCACUCGGAGAGCAGCAUCCGCAAGCGCCUCAAACUCUGCGCAGACUUCAAGCGCACAGGCAUGGACUCCAACUGGUGGGUGGUGAAGCCCGACUUCCGGCUGCCCACGGAGGAGGAGAUCAGGGCCAUGGUGUCGCCCGAGCAGUGCUGCUCCUACUACAGCAUGCUGGUGGCUGAGCAGAGGCUCAAGGACGCCGGCUACGGAGAGAAGUCCUUCUUUGCCCCCGAGGAGGAGAACGAGGAGGAGUUCCAGAUGAAAAUAGACGACGAGGUGCGUACAGCCCCCUGGAACACGACGCGUGCGUUCAUCGCGGCCAUGAAGGGCAAGUGCCUGCUGGAGGUGACGGGGGUGGCCGACCCCACGGGCUGCGGAGAGGGCUUCUCCUACGUCAAGGUCCCCAACAAGCCCACGCAGCAGAAGGAUGACCGUGAGGUGCAGCCGGUGAAGAAGACUGUGACUGGGACAGAUGCCGAUCUGAGGCGGCUCUCCCUGAAGAACGCCAAGCAGCUGCUACGCAAGUUUGGGGUUCCCGAGGAGGAGAUCAAGAAGCUGUCCCGUUGGGAGGUGAUUGACGUGGUGAGGACCAUGUCCACGGAGCAGGCGAGGUCGGGAGAGGGCCCCAUGAGCAAGUUUGCCCGCGGGUCACGCUUCUCAGUAGCGGAGCACCAGGAGCGCUACAAGGAGGAGUGCCAGCGCAUAUUCGACCUCCAGAACAAGGUUCUGGAGUCGACGGAGGUGCUGUCGACGGACACGGACAGCAGCUCUGCGGAGGACAGCGACUUUGAGGAGAUGGGCAAGAACAUCGAGAGCAUGCUGCAGAACAAGAAGACCAGCUCACAGCUGAGCAGGGAGAGGGAGGAGCAGGAGAGGAAGGAGCUCCAACGCAUGCUGAUGGGAGACGAGGCCGACGAGAAGAAGGGACACAAGAGACGCAAGGGCCUGUCGAGUGCGGUGUCCACGGGCUCCCAUAAGGACGAUGACGCGUCGUCGGUGACCAGUCUGAACUCCUCGGCGACCGGCCGGCGCCUGAAGAUCUACCGCACCUUCCGGGACGAGGACGGCAAGGAGUACGUGCGCUGCGAGACGGUCCGCAAGCCCGCCGUCAUCGACGCCUACACGCGCAUCCGCACCACCAAGGACGACGAGUUCAUUCGCAAGUUUGCGCUGUUUGACGAGCAGCACCGCGAGGAGAUGCGCAAGGAGAGGAGGCGCAUCCAGGAGCAGCUGAGGAGGCUCAAGAGGAACCAGGAGAAGGACAAGUUCAAAGGGCCGCCGGAGAAGAAGGCCAAGAAGAUGAAGGAGAGGCCCGACCUCAAGGACCGGCCCAACCUCAAGUUGAAGUGCGGAGCCUGCGGCGCCAUCGGCCACAUGCGCACCAACAAGUUCUGCCCGCUGUACUACCAGACCAACGCGCCGCCCUCCAACCCGGUGGCCAUGACGGAGGAGCAGGAGGAGGAGCUGGAGAAGACCGUCAUCCACAACGACAACGAGGAGCUCAUCAAGGUGGAGGGCACAAAGAUUGUGCUGGGCAAGCAGCUCAUCGAGAGUGCUGAUGAGGUGCGCAGGAAGUCCCUGGUACUGAAGUUCCCCAAGCAACAGCUACCGCCCAAGAAGAAGAGACGCGUGGGCACCACCGUACACUGCGACUACCUCAACCGCCCCCACAAGUCCAUCCAUCGGCGCCGCACGGACCCCAUGGUCACACUGUCCUCAGUCCUGGAGGGUAUCAUCAACGACAUGAGGGACCAGCCCAACACCUACCCGUUCCACACGCCGGUGAACGCUAAGCUGGUGAAGGACUACUACAAGAUCAUCACGCGGCCCAUGGACCUGCAGACCCUGCGGGAGAACGUCCGCAAGCGCAUGUACCCCUCACGCGAGGAGUUCAGGGAAAAUGUGGAGCUCAUCGUCAAGAACAGCUCCACCUACAACGGUGUGAAGCACCCGCUCACUCAGGUGGCUCAGUCUAUGCUGGACCUGUGUGAAGAAAAGAUCAAAGAGAAGGAGGAUCGGUUGGUGCGUCUGGAAAAGGCUAUUAACCCCUUGCUGGAUGACGAUGACCAAGUGGCCUUCUCCUUCAUCCUGGACAACAUCGUCACACAGAAGAUGAUGAACGUACCUGACUCUUGGCCAUUCCAGCAUCCUGUGAACAAGAAGUUUGUUCCUGAUUAUUACAAAGUCAUCGCUCAGCCCAUGGAUUUGGAAAACAUUCGCAAGAACAUUUCCAAGCAUAAGUACCAGAACCGUGACGUAUUCCUGUCUGAUGUCAACCUUGUCCAUGCCAACAGUGCCAAGUACAAUGGCCAGGACAGUCCAUACACCAAGACUGCUCUGGAGAUAGUCAACGUCUGCAAGCAAACCCUGGCUGAGUAUGAUGAGCAUCUGACCCAGCUGGAGAAGGACAUCUCCACGGCUAAGGAGGCGGCCCUGGAUGCUGCCGACCUGGAGUGCCUGGACCCCAUGACCCCCGGACCAUACACGCCACAGCCUGCUGAGUUGUUUGACAGCAGCACCUCUCUGAGUCUGCAGGGUGACGCUAGUCUCUUAGCCGAGGCUGCGCUUCUGCCCCCGACAGAGAAGAGAGGGGUGCAGGGUCGCCACGGCCGCAGGCUGGGAGAGGAAGAGUCUGACGUUGACAUCGAGGGCUUUGAGGAAGAGGACGACGGCAAACCAAAAACCCCAGCGCCGGCUGAGGAUGGAGAGGGAGACCAGUAUGACGAGGAUGACGAGGACAUGAUGCUGCUGCCCCCUAGAGGGCUGGUGGUGCGUCGAGGUCCAGUAGGAGGAGGAAUGCACGGAGGGAACGAGGAGGACGAGUAUGAGGAGGACGAGGACGAAGGCUCCAGCCGGCCCCCGCAGGCCAGCGUGCUCUACCAGGACCUGCUCAUGUCCGACGGGGAGGACGACGCCAGCGAGGAGGAGGGAGACAACCCCUUCUCAAGGAUCCACCUAUCGGAGAGCGGCAGCGACUCUGAGCACGAGAUGGCUCCGCCCUCCCGGGCGGCGCACCAGGAGAGCGCGCGCAUGGGCAUGGAGCAGGACGAGAGCAUGAUGUCAUACGGGGAGGAGACGCACAUGGACGAGGAGACGCACAUGGAGGACAGCAACGUCAGUUACGGCAGCUACGAGGACUUGGAGGCCCAGAGGCAGAACUCCAGCCUGGGCCACGGGGAGGAGGAGGGCGUGAGCGAGGAGGAGGAGGAGGAGGAAGAAGAGGACGAGCGAGACGGGGCCGGGGGCCGGCGGGGGCCCAGCGUCCUCACACAGGUCCAGCUCAGCGAAGACGAGGAGGACAGCGAAGAGUUCCGCUCGGUCGGAGGGGACAGUGACAUGGACUCAGACAACUAGAGCGUCGGACCUGCACGGAAAUCCAAUCUCCUUUUAGAUAUACAUAUCUCUUGUGUUGGUCGGAGGGCACAGCAACUUCGACAACUGAAAUGUCAGAUGUGCAUCGAAAUUUGAAACUACUUCUAGAUACAUCUGUUGUGUCAGAGGGGACAUCGACUUGGACUACGAUAACUAAAGCACCAGACCGUCAAAACACAGGAAACAAGACUAUUCUGAAUAUACAAGACUAGUUCACCAAAACACACGUCUUCUGUUUUGGUCGGAGGACAUAGAUGUAGGGACAUGCACUCCGAUGACUUUAAAUGUUGAACCAUGGACUAGGAAAUAAAGGCAAUACUGCAUAUUCAUAUUAGUGCAGCGACUUUUCAGAUGUGCAUGGAAACCUUAACUCGUUUUAGAUACACAUCCUUUGUGUUUUGGUCAAAGGAGAUGGCAACAUGGAGUCCAACAACUAAAACAUUGCACCAUGGAAAAAAUAGUAAUGCUUGUAAAACGGUACAGCUGAUAUUCAGACUUGGACAGAUACCUUAACUGUUUUGUAGAUCCAAGACUAGCGAUUCGGGUCAGAAAAGAUAGUGACAUGGACUCCGACAGCUAAAACAUCGGACAGUGGAACUCUGAAAACAAUACUGCACGACAGACUAAGAGUGGAUUGUCAGACUUGUGUGAAAAGUCAUUUGAGGUCUCUCAACUCCAAUGCCAGUCUUGAAUUUGAGUUGUGUGCAAAAUCUUUUAUUUCUUCGACAGCUUUUGUUUCCAGCUAUUGAGCUUAAUGUACAGCGUUGUGUAAAUAUUAAGUCAAAUUUUGAAAUAAUGAAAAGUGGUACAUUUUAACCAGUUGACAGCAGCAAGUAUUCACGUUCCCUUUACUUCUUUGAUUGUUUUAGCCGACAUGACAUAAACCAUAAAGCAGUGUAACCAACAGAGUUUACCUCAAAGAAAGUUACCUUGAGCAGUGUCUCUAGUUUGGUGAUGUGGCGUGUGUUAAAAUGUAGACUUUUUUAUUCAUGUUUCCACAAGCAGCAUUUAAAUGUUUUGUCGUAAAAAUAAAUGUGUUUUCCCAUA